GGCCACAGUUGAUCAGUCGCAUGUGAAGAGUCAACGUGUUGUGAAACUGGUGGAUUACCUAGAUACUAUGGAGUUGUCCAGUGGUGGAAUUAAGAUGAAGAUUUUGUUUGUAAUCGGUACGGCGGCUGUGUUGAGUGGAAGGAGCCACGCCCAAGCUUCCCAGGAGCAACCCGGGACAUGUAACCCAGGCUGGGAGCUUUGCCCGACGACCAAGAACCACUGUGUCCCCAAGAUGUGUCGUAAUGUCAACAGCAAGAACGUGAGGAACCAGCGAUGUCCUGUGGGUCAAGUGUACUGCGAAACACACACCAACGCCGCCUGCAUCACGCCCUGUCCUCCUGUCAGUAGACUCGAUAACCCUUCGGUGCCCCAACAGCCUCAACCCUGCGGACCCGGCCUGUUCUUCUGCAGCAGGACUCGUUCAUGCGAGAGUAAAGCCGACUGCGGGGAAGCAGCCAUGAGUUCAGAGAUGUCCUGUAGCCAGGGCUUCACCUUCUGCGCCAAGUGGGGCGGCUGUAUCCUGGGUAGCUGUCCGGAGCAGGGCGGUACCUCUUCCGUCAAGAAAUGUCGCUCCGGCACCGUCCUGUGUGCGUCGAGUGGGUAUUGCCAGGCGUCGUGUGGGCUGUUCACUGAGCAGGAGUUCAGUGAGGGGCCAGGAGAGGGUAGGAGGUGCUACCCGUGGGAGGUGUGGUGCGCCGCCGCCCACCGGUGUGUGGUGUCUGGUGUGUGUGGUGAGGAUGGUGGUGACGGUCAGCGGCAGACUCAGUCAUCAACCACCUGUCCACCCUCCCAGGUGCCGUGUCUGGAGACAGGCAGGUGCGCUCCGGAGGGAAAGUGUGAGAAGUCUCGGCCCCCAUCUCUUGGGUCCACCUGUCCUCCCGAUGAGGAAUUCUGCCUGAGUCGAGACUCCUGUGUACCCCGGGGCAGGUGUGCCGGACCUGUCCUCCGCCCCCCAGCCAAGAUGAUGAGCUGCGCCCCUGGACAGCUCCUGUGUGUGGCUACGGGCACUUGCAAGAGAGCGAGCGAGUGUGGGAGUGUUGGCAGCCCUGGAAGAGGGAAGCCCAUGUCAUCAGAGAUCUGUCCACCUAACAAGGUGUUCUGUUUGUCUAGUGGGACAUGUAAAACAGCAGGAAGGUGUGAAGGCCGUUCACCCGACUCCAUGAACACCAUGUGUCCCCGAGGGUACAUUUACUGCCUACAGAAGUGGGAGUGUGUCAGUGCCGACAAAGGAUGCAAUACACCAACUUCUAACAGAGUGGAUGUGAAGUGUCCACCGGGCACUGUGUUUUCUCUGCUGACAGGCAGUUGCAAGGUUGAGCCUAAUUGUGGAAUGCCGCAGGGUAUGCCAGACCUUCAGUGUUCAGGAAAGUCUUUUGCUCACACUACCUGCCUCUCCAAUCAACACUGCCCUCUUGGCUUCACCUGCUGCCCAGAUCCAGACACACUCCAUCUGCAGUGUGUGGAUGCUGAUGGCAGAUCUGAUGAGAAGUCCAUUAAUAUGACCUGCCACCUCAUAAACAAACCCCAAUAUGACACUGGAUUGACCUGCAGCGACCCCAAAGACUGUCCUGUCACUUCUCUUUGUUGUGGAGGGAAGUGUAUGUCAAACAGGGGCUCCUCCUCUUGCCCCCCUCUUUCACUGUACUGUCCACUGACCAGUAAGUGCCAGUGGCUGGGGAUGAACUGUGGCAUGGUGUGUCCUCCCAAUACUGUCUACUGCACAACCAGUGGACAAUGUGUAUCUAAAAGUGACUGCGAGUUUGAUUUUGAAGUUCCGUGGACUCUUCCUGGGCCUCUGAGGUUGCCUAGUAACUGCAACAACUCACAAAUGAAUGAAAUUACCAUGUCUGACAUCUACAGCACUGCCACAACUGUCACCCACGACAGUUCUGGAGUGGUCUUCAAGGUGGAGAAUUUGACUACGUGGUAUGGUACAUGGGUGCAACGGGCACCUGCAUCCAAGAUUUGGACUCCUUUGGAACCUUCUGCUGUGCUGAUGCCUUCAGACUACCUUGGUUAUAUGCCCCAUCCUGGCAUAUAUGUCUUUGGGCUUGACCACAUUAACAUGACAGAGAGGGCAUCUGGGAUUCGUCGAAAAGUGGUACAACUCGUGGCCCCGGAGUUUCCUGUGAUCCCCAUAAAAGAGGUGGUCAACAAUAUAUCCCUCAAGGAGAAUGAGCCCAAGAAACUGAAGCUUUUGGAUAUUGUGAAUGUGACGUGUGAUGAUGAUGCUUACUGGAAGGCCUGGGAGAUGUCUAUUGAUCUACCAAAACAAGCUUCCCAAGCUGGCCUGUUGGACAGUGCCCACCCAGCAAUAGUGUCAUGGGUGGGGUCUCUCCAGCAGCUCCACCUUAAUGUAGAAGAGAUGCACAGCACUGAAGAUGAUAGUCCCUGGUGGAGCGGUGGAGGUGGCAAUUAUUGGGAAAGCGGCGGUGAACAAAGUGAAAAUACUCGUAGAAAUAGCAGACAAAGACAAGGUCAUCGGGAAGAAAGAAAUGAUCGUGGUAGGCUCAGUGAACGAAGAAGAGAGCUCAGUGGAGCUACAAGUAAUGUACAUAAAGAGAGAGGACUGUGGCUAGAGUGGACUGAGCCACCUACCACCCGCAGUGAUGUUAAGAUUGAUAUUUUCUUUUCUCUGGAUGGUGGUGACACGUGGAUACUCAUGAACCAUGCCCUGGGGAUCAAGUUACCUCUAUCUUCCUGUGAGUCAGCACAAGACAUCUUAGUGAAGUUACAUCCAUCUCCCAAUGCCGUAGGCAGCCCCAAGCUUCUCAUCUCGGUUUUCCCUUCUCAGAGCUCCCAGGCAUGUCCCACCUAUCCAGACGAACAUAUAAUUACUUUGGAGAUCCAAGAGGUGAACGAUGCACCACAGGCUAGGACAAUUCCUGUCCAGAGCCAAGUACCCUCUUUGACUUAUGGCACCAGCACCGUUGGUACCCCGGCUUCUGUCUAUGCAAAUGCCUUUUAUGUUGAUUCAGAUGAGGACUCUACCAUGUGUAUAAUUAUAAUACAGGCAUAUGGCAGUAAUUUAGGAGUUUGGCAGGUCUCUGAAGAUGAUGGAGCAACUUACAAAAAUAUUGGGGGCCUGGAGGAUGACCCAAUCCCUUCAACGCUGGGAGUGACGGGGUCUCACCGAGGUAUUGUAAAUCUGGAGGAGAUGAGGGACAAAAACAUGUGUGACAUCACAAACAUGGACCUUGCCCAGUUGUCCUCAUUGCCCAGCAACAAUGAAUGUUUGGGAAAGCUGAUGAUGAGAAUGGAAAACAGUGGUGGCACUCCAAGUUCUACAAGAACAGCAGGAGAAAAUGAAGCAACAUCUGCUACGGAAACACGGGGAGGUGCAGCUGAAAUGGAAACAGGUUCAUUGAGAGGACAGAGACAGUUCACAGACUUUGAAACAGGGAAUACCCAAGUGUUCACUGUGUACCCAAUGAUGCGAGGCUUCUAUGUGCCUGCAACAGCGCUAAUCAGGUUUAACCACACACGUGAAUACUGGACCCUAGCAGAAGCACGGCAGGGAACACGGUUGGUAUUCCUUGCCAGCGAUAAUUAUAACAAACAGGAGGCUUCCCCCGAGGCCAAGAUGAUCAAUGUCAGCUUUGCUCAGAGUUGGAAGAUGGGAGAUGUGGGUAAUGUGGCAAGAGAUCCUGUGGUAAUGUCAGCGGAGUGGAGAGAUUGUUCUGGUCAGUUGGUGAUGUCAGAUUCACCUCGGGUGUUGGAUGUCUGUAGCGUCUGUGGUGGCGACGAUUCCUCUUGUUUUGACUGUAACGGAGACUUUAAUGGCAAUGCCAGAAUGCACUGCUCUAAAUGUGUUGGAGGCAACACAGGAAAGACAGAAUCGGUGGAUUGUUCUGGCAAAUGUGGGAAUGAAAGCAUCAUGGUGGAGAGAGGUGCAAGUAGUGUGUGUGUGCCUAAGGACCACCCUAAUGUUACCUUCUGUGAUGGCUCUACAGACUCCAAUGCUUUCCUUAACCCGUGUGGGACGUGUGUGGGAGGAUUGACUGGAUUGCCUGAUAAUGCCAACAUCGACAAGUGUGGUGUUUGCGGCGGAAAAAAUGAAUGUGUUGGGUGUGAUGGCGAGAUCAACUCUGGAGCUGUAAAUGAUAUUUGUGGUGCUUGCCUCCAGCCCAAUAAUCCCGACUUUAAUAAUUGUAAGAGACUUGGACUUGUGAGUAACUCUGUGGAUGCUGCAGUCAAUGAUCUAGGGAGUGCAGGUUUUGACAAGGAGGAAUUAAGGAAGUUCUUCACCCUGAAGGCUAGUGUGGCUGGGGUAAAGAGCAAGAAAUACAACCUAGAAAAUUGCACUUUGGUUAACAAAGAUGGCCAGAAAAUUUCAGCAAAAACAGUGAAAUUCAAGAGUGGCACAGUUCAAGCAAGCUUCAAGAUUUUUCUGUCUGGGAAGGUGAUUCUGAGGUGUAGUUUCAAGGCUAAGAAAAAAAGAACAACUCCUAAAGAGGUUGACUUAGAAACUCCAGACGAGUUUGAGAUAAUGGACUCGAGAGCGGUCAUGUUGGAGACUGACCGGGCAGAAGUUAACGCAAGCAUCGACACUGUGGUAACAAUUAAGGUGCGGAAUAGUCCAUCACUGGAUUCAGCUGCCUGUUUCCUCAUGUACCAGGACCAGUCACCAGCUACAGCAGGUGCCAGUGCUAACUUGAGUAACAGGAGAGGACGAGGGAGUGGCCCAACCUCUGAUCUGGCGCAGGAGCUGGCCACAUAUGUAAUAGAGCCUGAUAAGGUCGAGUGUUUAGUACCCAAGAAUGCCAGGCCAGGACAAGCACAGAUUGGUCUUGUCCUCACCGCUGCUGCACUCCAACUCAUCUUAAGAGCUCUACUGAAUGUUCCCACAAAGUCACUGAUGGUCAAAGCCUCAGCCCCUAAAGUUACCUCAGCUAUCCUGGACUCAAGUGGACAGAAUCUGGUUAUCAGUUUUGAUCAGAAUAUUGAAUCAGAGACUGAGUGUUCUUUGCUGAUUGAGUGGCCUUGGAUAGAGGAGUCAAAAAAACCGAAGCCAAACUGCAAGUUCCAAGCAUCAAAGCUGCAAGUGAAACUUAAAUCUGGCAUUAUGGUGAAAGCUAACACUUCUCUCACGUUUGCUGACUCAAAUGGCAUCCGAGCAGCUCAUGGUGAUGCCACAACUGCUCCUGAGGCCACAGGGAGCUUCAAAGUUAUCCAGCCAGACUCCACGAGUGAGUUGACAUUCCAACUGAGAGGGGACACCCAAGCCUGCAAUACCUCCAUCGUCAAGCUGACUGUAACCAGGAUUAGAGGUGCCAGGAUUGAAGAAGUCACGCCUAAAUGGAACAUCACCUGGGAGCCUGGGAGUGGCAAGUGGAGUCAGGCAGAGACAUUGCAGAUGUGGGGAAGUAUUCAUGCCCUCCAGGAUAAAAUGACGAUGUCAAGCAACAGUAAAAGUUUCUCCAUGAGUGUACCUGGAAGUGGACUUCUCCCUGGCAAGGAGUACCUAGUGGAGGUUCACUUGGAAGCAGAAGAUGGUCGGAGCAGUGCAUCACAAGGCAGGAUCAUCACUGCCAUGCCUCCAGACCAGCUGCUCAAGAUUCGUAUAAAUGGGCCAACCCAAAUAAGGGCCACCAGCAGAGAGAUGUUCAAGGCAAAAGCAACUCUAUGUUCAGAGACUGAGUCUGUGGAUGAUAAUAAACUGGAGUACUAUUGGAACGUGGAUGGCGAGGGGGUAUUCCCAGUUGAACAGAAAGGGAAGACUUUCACCCUGCGUGGGGGCCUCCUUAGAGGUGGCUCCUCCUAUACCCUGACUGUUACAGCAUUGUCUCCUGACCCAUUCAUCAUGGGGAUUAGUCGGGUUGAACUGAUAACCAUUAGCCAGGGACUGGAGCUUAUCACUUCUUCUGACUCGAUUAAGGUGGGUUCAGUCUCAUCUAUCAAGAUUCAUGCCUCUGAAUGCAAAGACCUGGACAACCUUCCAGGUUCCCUCUCUUUCAGGUGGUGGUGCAAAAAAGAAAGUGGUGAAGGCUGUUUUGCUAGCAGUGGCAAAACUCUCACACGACUUGAGAACACCUUGUCAAAGGAAGAGCUGUCUAGCCCCAUAUUCAAGAUCCCAGGGGCUAUGCUACCACCUGAUAGAUACAUUAUAAGUGUGGAGAUAAGUAAAAAUAAUAUCUCGGCUCAAAAAGAUGUGAACGUGGAGGUCACCGCAGGUCAGUGUGCCCUCAUCACCACCAAGCCUUCAUUUUCUAUCGCCAACCCUCAGAAGCGGAUACUUGUACCCACCUUCAUCACUGGUCCAGCAGACUUAGAAGUGCAGUGGAUCUCGGUUGAAGAAUCUGGAUAUCUAAAGGCUGAUAUAUCACAGAUACCUACUGGGAAAAUGGUCAAACUUUGGGGAGAAUCCAAGGAGCGGGAACAUGACCUGGUGCUGCCCAUACCUAGUGAAGAGGAAGAGAGCACAUUCACAGGACUCGAAGGUGACGCAUCCUACAAGUUCCGCAUCCUGGUAAAGACACCUCAGGGACAGUCAUGUUACAGUGACCUACUGCUGCUAACUAAUUCACCCCCUGAGGCAGGCUCCUUUGAGGUGUCACCAACCAGUGGAGAAGCUCUUGCCACAAAUUUCACCUUCAAGGCAUCAGGCUGGACAGAUUCCGACAAUCGUUUGACCACGUAUUUUGGAUACCAAUUAGAGGGUGAUGAUAGUGAGGAGUUUCCUGUUGUGUGGACCUUUGUUACUACUGAGGAAGACCCCACCGCCGACCUCAUCCUCCCUGCAGAUUCAGACAAUUCCAAGGUUAUACCGAUGAUUAAGGUCUGUGACAGCUAUGAUGCCUGUACUAUCAGGAAAGGCUAUUUGCUGACUCUUUCUUUCCCUUCGGAGCUGCCCCCUGACUUGCUCAAAACUUUGAUUGCUGACUUUAGGAGCCAGAUGCAAGAUGAUGCAAUGACCAAGGCAGCACUGGAUACCAUAACAACUUACAUGAUCACUUUGGCCUCCAUGGGAAAGGAGAAUGAGCAGAACUUCCUCCUGUAUCAAGUGGAGGACAGCGUAAAGGAGAAAAUAAAUAGUCUUUUUAACAGAAUGAAAGCUGAUUCAGCCUCAAUUGAAAGGAGUUCAGACAUGCUGGAAGGAUUAUGGAACAUGGAAGACCAAUUCACCGUUGGCAAAAAUGUUCAAAGAAAAAUGAAGACCCUGGGAGAAUUGGUGUCUGCUGCAAUUCUGGGAGAACCAAUAGAGAAGGUCCAAGCUGAACUACCUGAAACCCCCGAGGAAGAUGCAGGAGAUCCCAUCCACUUUCCAAGUGAUAACCAACAAUUGGACAGUGUUAGGAAUUUACAGAAUUCACCUUUGAUGAAAGGAAGACGUAGAGCAAGACGAGUGAAGCGCAACGCAGCUCCUGCCAACGGGACCCAACAGUACAAUCCCUUGACGGAAAAAGAUGUGAUCCUACUGCUGAAGGCAGCAGAGCAACCCAUUAUGGUGGCCACAGAUGGCAAAGAUACUUCUGAUGACUUGAGGAAGCUACUAUUCCAGGAUCUACCCAAGUAUUAUGCUGGACUGUGUCUUGGGAUAAGCUUACAGGAUCCCCCAAGUCAAGUGCUGGGAAACCUGGUUGCACUAGCAAUGAGGAAGUCCAAUUUCAUAGAUGAUGUAGAGAAGAAGGUUGUCAUUGCCAACAGCAAAGGCGACAACAAAGAUUUUGUUAAACAAAACAGCUUUGUCAUUUGGGGUGAUAUCUUAAUCCAGUAUAAGACAUGGUCUUGUGGCAAGAAAGGUGAUGAAGGAGAAGUUGUACCCUGCUAUGGUGCCUGUAUGGCUACCACACUGCUCAAGAAUGAUGUCCUGGCACCUCUCACUGGUGCCAAAUCUCCAGGAGAACUAAGAACUCCAGUGGCAGAGACUCUCCUCAUCAGUCCUGUGACAGGCGUGGAGAUCACCAUCAACAUGGGCAGUGACAGGAUCAUCUACGAGCUCCACGUGGAAAAUGACACAAAGCCAGAGGGUUACCGCUUCAAGUGCUAUGGCUGGGACAACAACGAGUGGAAUAAAACUUACUGCAACACUGGAAAACUUUUUAUUAGAGGUGGUGUGAAUAGACUUCGUUGCUUGUGCAACAGUCCAGUUUAUGUAGCAGGGUUCUUGAUUAAAAUCCCAAGCUCCUCGUCAUCUUCGGAGACCAGCACCCUUGACCCCAGUGAAGAAACUUUCGCAGAAACCACUGAGAUGCCCUGGUUCUUACAGGAAGGAAUGAAACAUGCCAGGAUUAUUAUCAAAGAAGACUACAAAACAGUGGUUGGAGAUGACCCCGAGAAAUUUAUACUCUAUGUUAAACCACAAAUAUCAGAAUUACUUGAAAUACCGGCAUACAGACUUGUCAACAUGAAAGUCUCUGAAGGGAGCAUCUUGGUGGAUUUUGACAUUGUAUCUGAUCCAACACGGUCCUCUAGCCUGACCUCUGACGUUGUGGUCGAGAACCUAUAUUCUUUGAUCAACUCGGGAAAGUUAAAAAUCGUCGGACCAACCAAUGAAGAGCUUACCAUUCCCCCACAGAAUAUCAACGGCCUGGUGGUUGAAGAAAAAAAUGAUCCAACAAAGCUGCCCAUCAUCAUUGGCGCAGUUGUGGGCGGUAUAGUGCUGAUUGUCCUUGUCUUCAUAUGUGUGGCUAUCUGCCUCAAGAACAAGAAAAGGAUGGACAAGGUCCAACCCCUUCAGAUGACCAAUUCCAAGCAGCCAACAUACAGCUCCAUCCACUUUGAACAGUCACUAGAUGGGACCAUGGCCAAAUAUCGUGGUGCUGCAAACACCAGCAACCGCAGUUUGUCAUCUGGUGGAACGUACUCAGAUGAAGGGAUCUUCAUUGAGCGACGUUCAACAGCCAACAGUUCCCGAGUGGGUUCGGGUGGGAGUUCAACUGGUGGAGUAAGCUUUGACUCUGGGACAGGCCAGGAAGUGCCGGAGGCCUUCAAGUACCGGAGCCCCACUAAGGAAGAGCUGGAACGCUCGGGGCCCAUACCAGAACACAUAGAUCAUGAUAUGCGUGGCAUAAGACUGGGCCAUGCUCUUCCAGGGAAACCAGAUUAUUUAUUACGAGAAUUGCCAAAAUGGCCUGACUGGAGUAAAAAUGUAAACAAGUAUUGAUGUCUGUGGAGAUACAGAAAAUAAAAGCGGAGUCACAAGUCUUACCUGGGACGCCAGAGGGUUUUGAAUAAGAGCUUCAUCCAUCUGAAGUCUAUCUGCUGAUGAUCUACAGUCUACAUCCUGAAAUUUAGAAUCCAGAAGUUGGAAGCAUCAAGCUGUAUUAUCUUCCUGAAAAUUAAGAUUUUCUUCUGAACUGUUCCUUCGUGAAUACUGUACUGUGCUGUAUACCUCUCGGUGCAAAACAUUUUCAAUGAGUGAUAAGGCAAGUUAGAUGCCAUACACUGUACCAUAAGCUGUCAUGUUGUUAAUGUUAUGUUUUCUAACCAACACUUUUGAUCACUAACCCAAAUUCGGUACUAUACUGUACCAUAAUAACCUACACAUUAUCAGCACCUCUAGUACUUUGAAGAGACUUUAGCCUGACUGAACCACCACCACUCACUUUUUUCAAGUCGUCAAUAUCAAACUUUCUACCAAUAUAACCUGUUGUGAUCAACUUAUCAAAUUAAAUGCUUUUUGCUUCACCUGUUAUUUUUUGUACAACAUAUUCAUUUUUCACUCCCUUGUUGAGUCUAGUUCUAUAUGUUUUGUAGCUAACGGAACUAGUGUUGCAAUUAUUUCUGCACACUUUACAUUAAUUUGCAAGUGCAUACUGUAGCAAGUUAACAAGGUUUGUUUUUAAUAUACUGGUACAUAAAAAUCUACUUACAAUAUUAGUAAAUUGCAGAUCUAUAUAUAAUUAUUCAUUAUUUGUAAUGAAUUAACAGGCACAUAAUGCUACCAUUUUCUUGUUUCAUAAUUCUCAGCAAUUUACACUAGUUCAGUUAUUUAAUAAAAUCUAUUGUUACUGGAUGCUAAAUUUCUGUUUCUAAAUAUUAGGAUGCCUGAACAAAGUACAUUAAAUUUACAGAAACCUUCAGUAUUAGCAGAACCAAAGCUCUCUAACAUGUGAGAUAUAUCAUCAGAUAAAACAUUAUUUAAUAAAACUUAAAGUAACCUGUAAACUAUAAAAUUGCACGAAUAUAUUAUAAUGGCGUACAAUACCUAACUUGUGAAAGCAUAAUGAGUCAGUGUGACAAGGAGGCAGAAAAUGCAACAGAAUUACAAAACUGUAUUACCACAUAUUAAAGUUUCCAGUAAACCUAUCUUAUACAUUCACAAUCAAGAGAAACAUUAAUGUAAAAUUAGCUACAGUUUAAAAAUAUUUUGGGUAAGGCAUGACUAAACAAGUUUCAUCUGUUUAAUUUCUGUGUGUAUGUGUAAUUUCCAAAUAUUUAUUGUCACAAAAAAAGUAAUUAAUGUUCAUAGGAAUUACUCUACAAGUCUGUUCUUGUUAACUUCAGGAGAAAAUUUUGAAGGUGUUAGCCUCACUCAAGAAAAAAUGCAUAAUAGAGUUGUCAUGUUGUGUGGGUCCUAAAAAUGGUUACUGCUCUCCAGGUAUUGUGAAUGAUGUUUUUGGAACCUUACACCCAGUGACUGAUCAUCCCUGUAGGACUCUUUUUGUCUCCUGUUUUCAUUUACUCCAGCCAUUCCAUAAGUAACUUGGCUUUCAUGUACAAUCUAAUGUAAAAUGCUAGGUGAUAUUAGUGAUAAAUUAAAUAUAUUCUUCUAUAAAAUGUUUACUCAUUAUAUUUAGGUAUACUGUAGUAGAUGUGAAAUAUAGAUUGCAAAUACUUUUACAUAUAAUAUACAGUACACAGUAUGUACAUGGUAUAAUGCAUAAUUCAAAAAGAUUUUAAAACAUUACUGUUAGGGGCAUGUUGGGGAGAGAAGGUUGGCUUGGGUGAGCAACUAAUUACAUGUUUGAUGAUGUUAUGAAUGUUGUCCUUUGACACACACAUUGUACUGAAUGUGGUUUUGUGACUUGUGUAAAAUAUAAAUAUUUUGUAAUGUUGUAUUGAGUGAUACAGUAAAACAACACC